CUCCACUCUCCUAUUUCUUCCACCAUUGAGUUUUGCACAUUUCACGCUCUGAUUUGUUCUUCUCUCCCAUUCAUCAUUUUUCUCUCAAUAUUCUUUCCUUCAUAUACUCCAUUUCAAUCCCAAAUUUUCUUUCCUUUCCUUUCCAUGCAAUUCAAGGUCCAUGCAUUGGACUUUUACUUGUUUCCACAGGGCACGUCCCAUUUAGCUAGAGAUUGGAAGCUGAAGCUCUAAAAACAUAAAAGAAUGGCAACAACAGCAAGAGAAAAUAACAAGGAUAAGAAGGCAAUUUCCUCUCAUAACUCCAGUCAUGGACACAGCAGCAGCAGCAGCAGUAGCAGUAGCAGUACAAGAACUUCUAGCACAAGACCUAAUUCAUCCAUGGCAGAUCAAAAGUCACCCACAAAUGGCAAUAAUAAUGGGAAAUCAGUCCCAAACUAUCUCAAGCCCACUAUGAGUUCAAGACAUGAGUCUUUCAAGUAUGUCAUCAAGAAAAACAACAACAAUGAAGAAACCACCAAGCCUUCUAUUCUCAGAAGAAGAUCAUUUGACAGGCCUCAAUCAGCGUCAUCUCCAUCUUCUCGAGUACAGAAAGCUCUCAUCUCUCCGGGGCCUAGACAGAGGAGUAGUAGAACAUUAACCGUCCGAUCUGCUUCAUUUUCUUCAUCGAAGAUCAAUGCAUCACCCAAGCCCAUUGUAGACAGGAUCUCAAAAACUCCAAAGGCUACUAAAUCUACGACGAUGCCAACAACAUUUUCGAAGAAUAAUGUCAAGAACACUAGUGUUAAUAUUCCUUUCAAGAAAGAACCUUUAAGGAAGUCUGCUUCUGCGUCGUCAUCCAAAGCUAGCACUCCUCCUCCUCCAGAGACCCCCAAUAAUAAUGAUCAAGAAAACCAGGGAGAACAUGAAGAAGUAGCCUUGGUUCAUGUCGAUGAUCACAAUGAAGAGAUGGCGAAUAGUGUUGAGGAGGUUUUGAAAAUUCUUCCUUCUGAAUUGCCAAACUCUGUUGUAAAUGCAGAGCAAGUACCUUUCAAUGGUGAUCAUGAGGAUGAGAAGAAGCUAGAUGUAAUCGCAUUGUCAGAAGAGCAGCAGGAUAUCUCGAAAAUCAAUCAAUUACCAACUCAAACUCAUGAAGAAGAUGGAGAUGGUCAAUGUGAUCAGGAAGAAACAAGUAACAAUAGCAAUCAAUACCAAGAGAGUACUAAUCUCACUCUUACAAGUGGUGAGACUACUAACCAGCUUGAAUCUUCUCAAGAGGAAUAUGAUGAUAAAAGCAAAGAGACCGAUAAUCCCACUGAUGAUCAUGAGAUCCCAACCAAAGAAGAGACAGUAGAUGUUGAAAACAAGCUUGCUGAGGAAGGCAAAGAAGAAGUGGAUGACGAUGGAAAUAAGGAAUUAGGGCAAAAUGACACUGGGGUUGUGGUUGUUGAAGAGGAGGUGAAGCUGCCAAACAUAGUAGCUCCUACAAAGCCACAAGGAGGGAGUAAUCAUGGAAGGAAGGAGAGCUCACCUGCAUACAAUGAUGUGAUAGAGGAGACUGCAAGUAAGCUACUUGAGAAGAGGAAGAACAAGGUCAAAGCUCUGGUUGGAGCUUUUGAGACUGUCAUUGACUAUGAAUCUUCCUCCAAAUGAUACUUCCCAGGCCAUUUAUAUCUUUGUUUAUUUUUGUUGCAAUAUAGAAUGUAAGUGUACAAAAAGAAAAAGAACCAUGCAGAGCUUAUAUGUAUGUAAACAAUUAUCUAUUAUGUAAGCUAAUUCAUGAUUACUCUGUAAAGAUUAUUUCUGGUUCUGUAUAUUGUAAUAAGAUACAAUAAAUCUCACUGUACAACACAGGCAGGAAAAAAUAUACCGCAAAAAGUUGCAGUUGA